ACUUUUAGUCAAAACCCCCAUGCGCCUAUAGUUAGGGUUUAAGCAGCGAAAGCAAAACAGCUCCAAUCCUCGCUCUGAACCCAUCAUCCAAUUUUUAUUUCGAUUCCGACCAAUUUCACUUUAACAAUGGUAACCCUAAACAACAACGGUUCAGAACCUGACCCAAAACCUAUUGCGGCGGAGACACCAGAACCGGUACCCGAAAAUAUUAGUAACAACAACGGGUCGGAAAUUGACCCGAACCAUGUUGCGGCGAAGACACCGGUAACAGAACCUGAAAAGCUUGAUACUUUGGGUGAUGAAAUUCCUAUUGAGAAAAUUGUAGAAAAGAUUACGUUAGUGGAAGAUUCUCCUUCAGUUGAGGUGAAUGGGAAUGAAGAAAAAGAUGAGAAAGAGGAUGAUAGUGAAAGUGAGAGUGAGAGCGAGAGUGGAAGUUCGGAGUCAGAGGCUUCUUCAUCAUCAUCAUCGGCGUCAUCUUCAUCAUCCGAGUCUGACAGUGAUGGCGAUGAAGAUGACGACGAAGAUAUGAAAGAUGAAGAUGAAGAGGGGGAGAUAAGUGAUUCUGAGGAAGAGAAGAUGGUUAGUUGGAGUCCUACUGUUGAUGGUGAUUUUGAUGAGGAGGAUGUUGCAGUAGGACCAAUUAGGUCAAAGAAUGAAAUUCAGAAUUUGCCUCCAGUUCCUCCGGUGGAUGUGACUUUAGAACCGCACCAUAAAAUGCUACCCGUUGGAGUUGUUAUGUCGACUCUUGGUGCUCAAGUCAUUGUCGAAGGAGUGGAGAAGCAUGAACCUCUUAAUGAGGGUUCUAUUCUCUGGCUGACUGAAAGCCGCAAACCACUAGGUUUAGUUGAUGAAAUCUUUGGACCAGUGAAAAACCCGUAUUAUAUUGUGAGAUACAACUCUGAAAGUGAAGUCCCUGCGGGGAUCCAAGGGGGAACAACUCUGGUCUCAUGUGUUCCAGAGUAUGCGGAUCGCGUGCUUAAUAAUAAGGAUCUUUACCGGAAAGGCUAUGAUGCAUCUGGUGCGAAUGAUGAAGAGUUGUCUGAUGAAGUAGAGUUUUCAGAUGACGAGAAAGAGGCUGAAUACAGGAAAAUGCAGAAAAUGACAAAGAGAGGGGUAAAUGAUCAAAAUCCUGACAAGAGAAAAAACAAUAAAAAGAAAUUUUCACCAAGAGAUCAUAGGUUACCCACCAUCCCCAAUGCACCUGCGGCAGCACAGCGUGUAUUACCUACUUUCCCUCAUGCACCUGCAGCAGCACAAAAUGUAUUACCUACUGUCCCUCAUGCACCUGCAGCAGCACAGAAUGUAUUACCUACUGUCCCUCAUGGACCUGCAGCAGCACCAUUGGUUAAUCAUGGAAGUUGUUCUCCUUAUUUAGGCAUUGGACAAGGUGGAACUACCACAGUUUCUCAAGUUCAGCCUUUAAAUGCAGGUCCUCACUUUGCUGCAAACGGAAUGUGGACAAAUCAGACAAUAUUUCAACAGCAGCCACAACCUUCCCAGCUUCCAAAUGCAUUUCCUUCAAAUGGCAUGUCAUAUUAUCCACAAAACACACAAUUUUCUCUACAGUUUCCUGUGCCAGGAAAUCCAUUUCAACAGCAAAUGAAUCCCAAUCACGGAACUCACUUCCCAACUAUGAUGACUGGCGUACAGCCCAAUAUAUUUGCACAACAACCAAUGUAUGCACCGGGGUUUGUGGGUCAAAACCAAAUGCCAUUUGAUUCAAGACCACCCUUCCAACAGAUUCAGCAACAACCUAUCUUUCAAAUGCAGCAGCAGGGUUUUUCACCCAAUGAGUUGCAGCAACGACCUAUCUUUCAAGCACAGCAGCAGGGUUUUCCACCUAAUGAGUUGCAGCAACGACCUAUCUUUCAAGCGCAGCAGCAGGGCUUUCCACCCUCUGAGCCUAGUUCUAUUUCUAGCAACCCCUCUCAAUUUCAUCCAGGUUCAUCAGGUAGCCGAGGGAGACCAACAUUUCGUGGUGCCGGUAGGAGAGGAUGGCGACCUUCUAGGUGACGUUGAAUUGAUUGCUUGAGUUGGGCUAUUCUGCAGGGAUUGUACUUGCAAAUUUUCCUGCAGCCUCUCGAAUUAUGAAAGGAAUUGAUGGGAUCCUAAAAGGGAUGAGUCGAGUUCCUGGUCUUUUAGUUACAUGUGUCAUUUGUACUUGAAAGUAUAUGUCAUCUAAUCAUCUGUACUUUUUCUUUUGUAAUCCACGGGAUCCCCUGUUUUCUUUUGUAAUCCCUGUGGUUUAUAAGCUUAAUGCAGCAAGCCCAUUUUUCUUUUGUAAUCCGAAUGUCAUCUCAUCAUGUGACUUUUUCAUGCCUGAGCUAGUGAGCUCUAUCAUUCUCUAUACAUCAGGGAGGCUGCUGAAGUGAAUCAAAGCGUCUUAUCGAAAGCACAGAGAAGGCGGCAAGUAGGGUAGGAGUCACAAGUUUGAUUUAACUCUUUUAAAGUGAGCGUUGUACUUUGUAAAAUAAGCAUGUAUCACAAACCUUGAAGGGUAUGUUUGUUUUAGUUUUUAAUAUAAUUGAUUUUGAAUGAA